CAGAAGCCUCCAGUAGGACACACUCGUCACGGCCAGAUUUCAGGGCAGAAUGGGCGGUGAGGGCGUGCACGUACGGUCGGCCCUGCUGGUGUUGGCGGUGGCGAUGGGCGUGGAGGUUCUUCAGGUUCAGGGAAUGGAUGAGAUAGCCUUCUGCGGGAAAGGUCCUUCUCCCCUUUGCUGUGUCGGCCACCAAGAUAACUGCUCCGUAGCUUUAACUGAAGACAUCUGUUUCUGCGACUCUGCCUGUGAAGAUAACUUUGACUGCUGCCCUGAUUAUGGUCCAGUUUGCCUCGGAGAGGAAAGUCUUAGUGUAGAAGUGAGGAGCACAUCUGUGAAGUGUGAUGUGUGUACGCACUCGGCCUCAGGACUGAUAUGCGCAGAGAACCACUGCAUCAACGACCAAUCUCUGAUUAAUGAACUACGCCGGAGGAAGAAUCAGCUUGGGUGGACCGCCUCAUUCUACGACAAAUACAAGGCUGAGGACGUGGACGAGGGACUCCGCCAGCUGACAGGAACGAUGGGACCAACCCGAAUAGUACUGGAGAGGGUUGAGGUCAAGAAGCCUUCGUCCUCUAUCUAUAUUCCUGCCGAGUAUGACUUCCGAAAGUCGUUUAAAGAAAGGUUAACGUCCGUGAAAGACCAGGGUUGGUGCGGUGCCUCGUGGGUGUUCUCCACCCUCAGCGUCGCUCAGGACAGGUUGGCCAUGGUAUCCGACGGACGGUAUAGAGUGAGCUUCUCUGCCCAGGAUGUGCUGAGCUGCGGCAAUCUGGGGCCAAACGGAUGCCUUGGGGGACACCUAGAUAGGGCCUGGCAUUACCUCAGGAUGACAGGGGCUUUACCGGAGAUAUGCAACGCUUAUGAGAGUGGAUCUACCAGGAAGCUGCCCAUUUGCCGCACGCGUACGGGAACCGGUUGCCAGGCUCACUACAAGAGCGGCCCUGUCUAUCGCGUACCUGGUAAAGUGCAAGAUAUUCAAAGGGAAAUUAUUGCAAACGGACCCGUGCAAGCGGUGAUGACGGUACACCCUGAUUUCUUCCUGUACAAGACAGGAGUGUACUCGCACUCUGAGCUAGGAAGUCCUCACUCGGCCGCCCAUUCUGUCAAGCUUCUGGGCUGGGGCGAGGACCUUGUGAACGGCAAGAUGGUGAAAUAUUGGCUGGCAGAGAACUCGUGGGGAAGGGCCUGGGGUGAGGGAGGCUAUUUCAAGAUCCUACGUGGGAAAGGCGAGUGCGGCAUCGAAUCCUACGUCUUCGCUGCCAAACCCGUAUGCCACAGGGUCGCUCACGGACUGGACAUGGAAUGCACUUAAGAGGAACAGUGGUGUGUCUCUUGUGUUCAAAGGAUUUGGGGCUUUGGUUUUGUGAAAGAGAGUGUUAAAUGAGAUUUACACUUAGGUUUAAAAAAAGGAAGAAGUUUGAAACUGGUUUUGUUUGCAUAUAAGGAUGACUUCUUUUUUUUCAGUGAGACAUGGUUUUAAGAAGUGAAUGAUGUUGUUUUAUUAAUAUAUGUGUAAAUUUGUCUUUCUGGUUUGUUUUUGAUUUGAUAUUUAGUUAAAUGGUAUUUGUUUCAUGUUGCUUUUGAUGAAAUUACAAACAGUAAUCUUUUAUAAUUGUAACAGACAUCAGUUUAAGAUAAAAACUUCUCAUUACUGUUAAUUUUAUGCUUUAUGUUGACAUCACAAUCACCGGAACAACCAACUAGUCCACGAACUGUUCCUUUCAAGAAUAAAGAAAAUGGAAGGUAAAAUCGCCAAGUCUCACAGUUUAGGAAAAUCACUCUUCGGAAACUACCAUCACUAGCAUCACUCUUAGGCGCCCAACUCUUAAAUAUCAAUAAAGUAAAGCUGCAUCCAA